AUGGACCUCAAGCCGUCGACUCCUGACGUGAAUGCAGAGACAGCUCCCGAGGACCCACCUGCUUCGACAGCCCCCCGCUUGAGUCUCCCGCCUUCGAGCCAGCAAGAACCGACGACGGAAGUGCCUCAGCAAGUGAACGACAUCUCCGUGAAAGCCACGUCGGACGGAUCGUCCAUGUCGGCGAGCAUGAUCAUCAUGGUGUCGUGCAUCGGGAUGGCCGGGGUCGUCGCCAUGGCGUUGGUUGUUGUGGUGUACCGAAAACUGAAUCGAGGUCGCGAACGCAAGGACGUGCACCGGCCCGGCAGCAUUGUCGUGCUCGGCGAACACGGAACGAUCCACACCGCGUUCGACUCGACUCGGUGCUUGCAAGUGCUCUAG